CCGCCUCUCCCAAGAACCCCCCACUCCACUCCACCGCCUCAGCCGCAGCCACCCACCACCCACCGCAAGCAAGAGCCAUCAACCAAGAAGCAGCCAUGGUGACGGCGGCCGCGACGCAGCGCCGUGACGCCGAGGCGGAGCUGAACCUGCCCCCGGGCUUCCGCUUCCACCCCACCGACGAGGAGCUCGUCGCGCACUACCUCUGCGCGCGCGCCGCCGGGCGCAGCCCGCCCGUCCCCAUCAUCGCCGAGGUCGACCUCUACCGCUUCGACCCCUGGGAUCUCCCCGAGCGCGCCCUCUUCGGCCGCCGCGAGUGGUACUUCUUCACGCCGAGGGACCGCAAGUACCCCAACGGCUCCCGCCCCAACCGCGCCGCCGGGACCGGGUACUGGAAGGCCACCGGCGCCGACAAGCCUGUCCAGCACGGGGGGCGGACCAUGGGGAUCAAGAAGGCGCUCGUCUUUUACCACGGGAAGCCGCCGCGCGGGGUCAAGACGGAGUGGAUCAUGCACGAGUACCGCCUCGCCGACGCCGGCGGCAAGAAGCCCGGCAACGGCUCGCUCAGGCUGGACGACUGGGUGCUGUGCCGCCUCUACAACAAAAAGAACGAGUGGGAGAAGAUGCAGCAGCAGAAGGAGAAGGCAAUGGAGUUGGAGGCGUCGCUCUCGCACUCCCACUCCGACACGCGCACGCCGGAGUCGGAGAUCGACGACGAGACGUUCCCGGAGCUGGGAUCGCUGCCGGAGUUUGACGACAUGGGCCCCGCUCCUGCUCUCGCCCCCGCCGGCGCCGUCCUGCCCAAGGAGGAGGUGCAGGACUUCGGCAACCUCGGCGGCGACGACUGGCUCGCGGGGAUCAACCUCGACUACCUGCAGAUGCCCGGGGACGCCGACUUCUUCGGCAACAUGCUCGCGUCGCCGAUGGCUCCCAAGGCGGAGCAGGACGGCGGCUUCCCGUUAUUCUGAGCUCUGCGCUGCUCUGCUCCGACCCCGAGGAGGGAUGCAGCUGCAACUGUGAAUAGUUCAGAUUUGCUUUCCAUUCGGAGAAACAAAAUUCCUGCUAAUAUCUGGUUGUAGUGCCGUAGUGCUGUAGUGCAGAAGUAGUGGUAUGCAGGUCAGCAAAGGAUUUGAGUCCAGUGUAGGACUGAAGCUCAUCAUUGGAGCUUGUGAUCAGUGACAAAAUUCUUUCGUUUCUGGUUCAGAUGUUUAUCAUCUCUUAGAUUUGUUCCUUCAGAAUUCAGAUGGGCAGAUGGCAUUCAGCCAUUUUAUGUUCCUUGUCUCUGAAUAUUGGAUGGUCAUCCCGUUUCCGUU